GUCAUGAGUUUGAGGGAUUUAGCGGUGCGGUGGGCAGUAUCAGAGAGAGAGCAGUUUCCAGUGGUUAUUAGUGUAUACAUAAGACACAGAAGGAGGAGAUGCAGUUUAAAAAAGAACUCUGCAGAAAUUUUCAGCGCGGCAGCUGUCAGUAUGGUGAAAGAUGUAAAUUUCUUCAUGCUUCUCAGCAACAACCGAAAUCUAAAGCCAUUGGAUUUGGCACACAAGCUGCCUCGCAGCAGCAAAACCACCAAAAGCCCAAUCCUUUUGGAUUUGGUGUUCAGAGCAACCCUCAGUCGAAAGGACCCAAUAAUUUUGGCAGUAAACAGAAUCAGUUCAAGCCUUUUGAGAACAAGUGGAGUCGAUUCUCCCCCAUACCUACAAGUGGUGCUCCAUCGUCAUCACGACAACCAGACAAUCAGUCCCAGUCAAUAAAUCAUAAAUGCACAGAUCCUGAAUCUUGCAAACGCAUAAUCUCUGAAGAUCUUGAGCAUGAGAGACCACUUUGGAAGCUUACAUGCUACUCUCACUGGAAAAAUGCUCCGUGUGACAUUGUUGGUGAUGUUAGCAGUGAAGAAUUGCGGGCAGCAGCAUAUGAUGAUGCUAAGCGUGGGUUGAACUUGCAGUCUAUAGUUGAGAGGGAGAGAAAUUUACUCAAUUCCAAGUUAAUCGAGUUUGACAACCUUCUUCGCAAUCCCUACAUGGGGCCUGUUAACCCUGGUUCUUCCAGCCAAACACAAUUUCUUGUGGCUGCCCAAAGUGAACACUCUUCGACCCCUCAAAACAAUGCCCCUCCUUCAGUUUCCAGUUUUAGUCAACUGGGAUCAUCAGUUAAUAUGGGCUUUGGAACAAGUCUCAGGUUGUCUGCACCAGUGAAUAAUGCCUUUGGACAACCAACUAAUAACUCAUAUUCUAGCCAGACAUCAAGUAUAUUUGGGACAAAAUAUUUGCUGUCUCCUAGCACUAGUAUAGCCAUGAAUGGCCAGACAUCAAGUAUAUUUGGGACAAACAAUAUUCUAUCUGCUAGCACUGGUCCAUUCGGUACCCAACUUCCGGCAGAGUCAGUCAGCAGUUCCUUUUCCUCUAAUGUGACAAGCUUUGGCAACAGUGGAGUAACUGGUGCCAGAAGCAACAAAUAUUCCAAUCCAUCACUGUCAGCCAAUAAUCCUAGCCCACUGUCAUUUGUUAAUCCGACUGUCCUCUCUGGUGCUCCUGUUUUAUCUUCAAAUGCAGCUGAGCAAGCCUCUGUGAAUGUUCAGUUAAUGAACAACUUGCAAAGUGAAAGUGUCACAGGGGAUUCAAGUGUUUGGCUAAAAGAGAAAUGGAUUCCUGGAGAGAUUCCAGAAAUAGCACCGCCAGAUGCAUUUUGUAUCGAAUGACACUGCCAACCAACAGAAUUAGCUACUGCUAGAUUGCAAUGAAAUUAGAGUUGGGAUCUGUUUUUUUAUUAACCUAAACUUCAUUUGGUUAUCCAAGGAUGGUUGUAGGCAGUUGGGUGAGUGCUUCAUGUAUAAUAUAUACGAUACAAAGUAUAUAGUCAUAGGUUUAAGAAGGCGAUUGAAAUUAGGUAGUGUUUGUGGUCGACAUAAAUCCAAUUUAAGGGCAGAGACUGUUGAUACAUUUCUUUUUUAUUCAAUUCUAGAGAAGAGACCCAUUGAAAAUUUGAA